UUCUGAAGAUUGUUGCUCCUGAAGAUGAAGGAGCAGCUUUCCCACUCGAAAAGUGUCAGUCCUUGUGUUUGAAGUCUUCCCCACUCGAUGGCCUGGAAAACUGUAAGUCGAAAUGUUGGAAGUCUUCUCGUGAUUUAAAAUCUGUGAAGUCCUCUGUUGGAGGCGCGCGGGGGCGUAGAAGGUGAGGGCACGCCUCGUGAAUUCACAGAAGAAGAAAAACGAAGAUUCUUAAACAGGAUUUACGAGCCGGUACUGAUCCAGGAGAUGAUUUACGGUUUCGACAGCGGCGAGAUGACAUUGAAAAUGUGGCUCCGAGAUUCGUUGAAGCUGCUGGGGGUUGUCGGGAUGCUCGGUGUUGGGAAAACAGCGCUUUGUCGCUUAAUUCUGGACGCAGUAGAAGUGAAGCAGCGCUAUUUCCCGAGGUUCCUGAUAACCAUGUCCGAGUCCAGGGAGCCCAGAUCGAUGGAAGAGGUUGUCAAAAGAAUGCUGGAGCAUCUCGGAGUUAAAGACAAUGAAGUGAAUAAACUUCCAGGCUUGCUCUAUGCUCUUCAUCUACGACCCGAAGGUAAGAAGUUCCUGAUUGUUCUUGAUGAUAUAAAACAGGAAGACGAGUACUACGAAAAGCUAGCAUCUUGCCUGAGGGACGGCCAUGGAUUCCCGAAACCGUACGGAGGAGCAGCGAUUUUGAACGGUAGACAUGAGGAACCGAUAAAGAAGAUAGUCGAAGAACGAAACGUGCAUCGACUCCAGCUCCUUUCGGGCCACUAACAUUCCUGGGAUAUAUACCAGACCUUGGCUUUGGGUGACGAUAGACGACACCCUCGAAUCAGAGAUGCUUCAGAGGAAGUACAAAAGGAACUGAUGAAGAAAUGCUGUGGUCUUCCUUUAGCAGCGCUUAUUAUGGGUAAAUUGAAGUAUCAACAGAGGACCGAAUCCAAAACUCCAGAAAAAGUUACCAGUGAUACAGCCAAUACACCAAAAAGUUGCCGAACUGUCUAAACCAAUAGAAAAACCAAAUGUCCACCCUUAGAAUCUAUUUUUAU